GAGGAAUUUAACAAAUGGACACAAAUAAAGCGGAAGUCUUUAUUUAUACUUCCUGUUCCGUUUCAGCAGUAAAAAGAAGCGGAAGUGUUUAAAUAUUGUCUCAAACCAAAUGCUCACGACUGGCUGAUUGGUAAGGUCCAUGGAAAACUAUGAAAAAGGAGAGACGAGAGAAGUUGAUGAAGAACUUCCAUUUGGCAGUUACAGCAAUGUUGUACAGAUGAAAGUUACUGCUGGAAGCAAAAUUAAAAACGUCAUUGGUUAUGCGCUGAAGAAAUUGCAGGAACCAGAGGUGCGAUAUUUGUCAUGGAAUGGAUCUGGCCAUGCUGUCACGAAAACAGUCACUUGUGCUGAAAUCACCAAGAAGAAGUUCAAGGGCUUGCAACAGAUAACGAAAAUACGCUUUAAAAGGAUAGAGGAAUUCUGGGAACCCAAACUGGAAGGUCUAGAGAGAUUGAAAGUAAAUCGAGAUAUUCCAGCAAUAUCAGUUUUGCUCUCUAAAGAUCCAUUAGACAAAUUAGAACCUGGAUUUCAGUGUCAUGGUUCACUAAAUGCCCUGUGGUCAGAUUCUUCACCUAAGAAGAAGACACAAAGAAAGCAAAAACCAAGAGGUGCAGUGAUCAAGAGUCAACAAACAACUUUUCCAAAAAAGGACAAAUGUGAUUCACAGGGAAAGACAUUGACCCAAAAGAAGGACAGAUGUGAUGCACAGGAAACGACAUUGACCCAAAAGAAGGACAAAUGUGAUUCACAGGAAACGACAUUGACCCAAAAGAAGGACAAAUGUGAUGCACAGGGAAAGCAGACUAGUGAAAAUGGUGUGAAAAUUAACACCUGAGAUUUCCUGAAUGAUGACAUCAAGUGUAAUACAUACUAUUCUUCUGGAAAGGCCUUGAUAUUCAUAAAAUGAUCAUCUUAUCCAUUUUCAUUUCUUUGUUUUGCUACAGUAAUGAGACACAUUUUUGCAAGAGGUAUUGUGGCAUAAGUAUCUGUUCCAAGAUUGGCUGGAAGAAGGGGAAGAAAAUGGUCAUGUUCUGUCCCAUCUAACCUCCUUAUCCUACCGUAACCUCGUUAUCCUAACCUCCAAGGGCUAAAAUAUACAUUUUAAAAUUCAAUUAUAAGUUUAAAUAAUAUUAAUUGUUAAUACAUUUUUGAAAUGCCCUUUCUAAAUUAUUAUAGUGCGCUUUAAUAUUUCUUCUCAAUGAGUACUGGAAUAACUAUUUUAGACUGGUGCUUCGAAAAUUAAUAAGGUCAGAUUUCCCCUUUUGAGUAAAUAUCAAAAUUGUCUCAUACAAGUAAUUUCUGUCCCGAAUCAGGCCACUGGCCGAGCCAGAGACCGGACCCAGGAUGGACAUGGCUGAAACUCUAGUGGUAUAGGGGCAGUUUAAAACAAAGUUCAAGCUCAAGCUCUGUGCUAUCAAGAACCAAUAGUGUUUGAGAAUCUCAGAGUUUUUAAAGGAUCUGUCCUGAGGUUCCUGCCAUUGACAGAUGUUACUAACAGUCUCUUGAACAAGUGAAAUUACAUCAGUGUCUGUAUAUGCAGUGGGUUUCUGAUUGUCCUAAUGUUUCUAGUAGCUAAAGCUUCAGUUUACUUCCUUAUAUUAUAUAUUUGUUCAUACAUACGACAUCAAUGGGAGAUACAUUCUAGUCACAGCUUCUAAAUACAUUAAGGAAAUCCAAAACACACACACACACACACAUUUUCUUCUCAUGGAACAUUGCAUUUCCUCGCAUUUUAAUCGUCCUUUCCUCCAAAAUAUGUCAGAUGGCACAGAUUUUAACCUAGGAUUUCAAGAAUUUCUGGGACCCCUCAUGAUUUCCUCUUUUUUACAGUUCACCAAUUCCCACCCCUGAUAUUAGAAUUACUGCCAAAUUGCUGUAUAGGGUUGCAAAUGAUUCACAAAGCAUUUUUACAUGGAUUACUACUAUCAUUGUGGGUAGAAUGAUGGAAAUACACACGGAAAAGGUUUCAGCAAGCUAAUUUUUACUAAAUCUCUCUUUUUUUUGCCAAAAUGUUAUGAUUUGCUGCAGCUCUGGAGAGGGGGGGGGGGGGGGCAGUCAUUAAAAGUGCUCUGUCAGUUAGAAAAUUUAAUGUUUUACAAUAUAUAGCACUGAUAUGAGAAUAUCAGAACUGUCUUUAAAAAUCUUAUAAUUUUUUUUAAUUAUGUCAGUUAAUUUAAAUCAUUUUCUUUUUCUUUUAAAGGUAAAAGAUACACACAUAAAUUUCAAUAAUGUAUAUGUAUCUUUUUGUAUUCAAGCAAUAAAAGUUGUGGGAGUAAUUGUCUUUAACCCCCUGGAUCUACCACAGUCUCCAUAAAAUGUUUAUCUUGGUUUGUGUCAUUCCAUGUCUAAUCAACCAAUACUAUUGCCACUGGCAAUACAGUUGUCAUUUCUCUGUUUUAUCAUCUUUCAUUUUGCUCAUACAACAGUAACAUGUUUUAGCUUUGGCGAAAGCUGAAUUAAGGUUAGCCGACAAGACAUAAUCUGUACUGGGUUACCAGACAGUAGCAGUCCUUAUAGUCUUAAAACUAGCAGUGACAAGAGCCGCAAUAAAAUAUACACAAUUAUAUAUAAUAUAUUAAUAAUUUCAUUUUUUUCUGCUUUAUGAUUAUUGGGUGGUUAUAUGCCACACCACACAUUGUUCACACAAAUAAUAUACAUGUACAUACAAGUUUAUAACGUGGGGGUAGGGGCAUUAGAUCCUUACACCCAAAAACCCACUCCUACCAAAUUUUUGCCUGGAAUAUACAUUUACAUACAAGUUUAUAACGUGGGGGUAGGGGCAUUACAUCCUUACACCCAAAAACCCACUCCUACCAAAUUUGUGCCUGGAAUAUACAUGUACAUACAAGUUUAUAACGUGGGGGUAGGGGCAUUACAUCCUUACACCCAAAAACCCACUCCUACCAAAUUUGUGCCUGGAAUAUACAUUUACAUACAAGUUUAUAACGUGGGGGUAGGGGCAUUACAUCCUUACACCCAAAAACCCACUCCUACCAAAUUUGUGCCUGGAAUAUACAUUUACAUACAAGUUUAUAACGUGGGGGUAGGGGCAUUACAUCCUUACACCCAAAAACCCACUCCUACCAAAUUUGUGCCUGGAAUAUACAUGUACAUACAAGUUUAUAACGUGGGGGUAGGGGCAUUACAUCCUUACACCCAAAAACCCACUCCUACCAAAUUUGUGCCUGGAAUAUACAUUUACAUACAAGUUUAUAACGUGGGGGUAGGGGCAUUACAUCCUUACACCCAAAAACCCACUCCUACCAAAUUUGUGCCUGGAAUAUACAUUUACAUGACUUACACAGUAUAAAUACUAUUAUCUCGCCUUCAUGUAAAAUUCUUUAAUCUCAUUGGUUGUUUGCCGUUGGACAAAUCCCUUAUUCCCCUGUGGGCGGAGCCAAAUUCUCUUAUUGGAAACUGUAAUUUCCAACAGUUUCCAGCCGCCCCAGUUAAUGCUAAAGCAAUAACUCCUUUAUCGAUUGAAAAAAUUUUCGUCACUGGCAAGUGGUUUCGUUCGCGUCCGCGUGGUACGGCUCCGUUAAUAAAUUGUUAACAAUUAU